UUGAGGCUCUGGUUGGGGGAGUGGAAAUAAAAAGAGGUUAUCGCGGGAAAGGCAACCUCCUCUUCCACCACCCCCCUCCUCCUCCUCCUCCACUCCUUCCCUCCCCUCCGGCCAACGCUCGGAUCAGCGACCCCUCCCGUCCCCUCCCUGAUCCACCAUGUCCGGCGAGAGGAACAGGCGAUCGCUGGCUUUCCGCACCGGAGCCUCCGUCGUCAGGAUUGACCCCGAGCUCGGGCCUCUCCACCACCACCACCAAAACAACGGCGGCGGCAGCAGUAGCAGCGAGGCCUCGAACGGGGCCUUCCCGUCCGUUAGUCCGACCAAAUCGGCUGCCCUCCCCGCGUUGGACGGCGCCCAGGCCGAGGCCCCCCCGGCUGCGCCCCCCGCCGAGGAGGACUGGGUCGAGACGGUGGUGGUGGACGACGAGUACCCGGAGCAAGAGGUCUCCUCGGUGCGGGUGGUCGACGGCGGCUCAAUCAGCAGCAACGAGUCCGAGGAAGAGGAGGAGGAGGAGCCCCCGCCGCCACCGCCGGACGGGGAGCUGGAAGGGAUGGACGGGCCCGGCAGCAAGGAGCGAGCCGCGACGCCCGGUGAAGGAGCUGGAGGCGCUGUGGGCCAGGAGGACGAGGAGGGAAACGGCGGUGGCUGCAGCCGGAGAGGAUUCGGGCUGACCCUACUCGGCCGGCCCCAGUCCUUCCUGCUGCCCCAGCAGCGCACUUUCCAGAGGUCGUGGCUGCAGGAGUUCCCGUGGCUUCAGUACGAGCAGGAGACGGGCCUUAUGUACUGCUCCUGGUGCCUGCGGGCCAACAGCGGGGUGGGGAGCAACAAUAACCGCAACAAGUUCGUGAAAGGAAGCCGCAAUUACAGGCGAACCACGCUGCUGCGGCAUCACCUUUACACUGAGCACCGGCAGAAUGACCCGUCCGCCGCGGCCUGCAUGGAGGUGAGUGAGUCUGCAAUUACAUCGAAAUCAACAGAUGAACUGUACACUGAGUACAAAAGUGAUCGAAAUGAAAUUUCCUAUUGUUAUCAACUGCUUCAGGAACUAAAUGAGCAGCGGCAGCAAGGCAUUCUGUGUGAUGUCAACAUUGUGGUGAAGGGUCAGGUUUUCAAAGCCCACAAGAAUAUAUUAGUUGCUGGCAGCCGUUACUUUAAGACACUCUAUUGCUAUACUCCAAACGACAGUUGUGACCAGGUCACAGUAACUCACCUUGAUGUUGUUGCAGUGCAAGGUUUCACUGUCAUUCUUGAUUUCAUGUACUCUGGACAUUUGGUUUUAACCAGCCAGAAUGUAAUUGAGGUAAUGUCUGUAGCAAGCUAUCUACAAAUGACAGACAUUGUUCAGGCUUGCCGUGGUUUCAUUAAGGAUGCCCUGAACAUCAGUACAAAAUCCAAUGCAGCAGAGAAAAUAAUAAUGCAAUAUGAGAAGGUAAAAGCCUCCAACCAGUCCCAAAAAGAAAACACUGUAGCUACACUGAAACAUGAACCUAACAGUCCUUGGGUAGUCAAAUCUACAACUGCAGUGAACAACUGUGCUGCAGGAGGACUGCAUGAAGAGAGGGCUAGAUAUGAAAUGGAGAACUACAGUUUUGAUGUGGGUUCAGUAAUGGACCAGAAUGAGAGCUACCAGAUUAAUGAUUCUGUCUGGAAUCAAGAUAACUUUUCAGAUUAUGUUGGAAAAGAUCUGCAGAUGGGACUACCUCAAGAUCAGGGCCCUGCUUUUUCAUGGGGAAAUUUGGGAAAACUAAUGCUGCAUCAGACAGUUCCUCGAAGUGGACGAAGGAAAAACCACAUAACUAGAAGAAUUGUAUAUGAUGUUGCACCAAAAGCUGAAGAGGGAGUUGGAGAUAAUUUAAUGAUUCAGCCACCUAUGGCAUUCUCUGAGGAUGGAUUACAGGAAAUUCCCGUUGACUCAUUUGGAGCUGGAACUUCGGAUCAAUUCAGAUUUGGACUGUUACAAGAAGCGCAAAAUAGAGAAACUUGGUUAAAUGGUGAUGCUUCAAUUGGUAGUCAAAACAAAUUCAAGUGCCCACAUUGCAAUUACAUUGCCAAGUAUCGACGCACUUUGAAAAGGCAUCAGCUAAUACAUACUGGAGUGCGGUCCUUUGCUUGUGACAUUUGUGGAAAGUUGUUCACGCGAAGAGAACAUGUAAAGCGACAUUCAUUGGUACACAAGAAGGAUAAAAAGUACAAAUGUAUGGUUUGUAAAAAAUUCUUCACUCUAGCAGCCAGUGUUGGAAUUAGGCAUGGAUCUCGACGUUACGGCGUAUGUUUGGACUGUUCCGGGGGUGAUAGACAGCCAAAAGGUGACCAUGAUGGUAUGGACCUGAUGGUUGAUCCAGAAUUUUUUAAGGAACAGCAAGAAGAACGAGAACAACCGGGUGAACUGGAGCAGGAAGAAAAUGAGAGAAUGGUUGAUGAAGACAUGGCAGAUGAAGAUGGAGGAGGGGAAAUGGAUAGAGAGCAAUGGGAAGAUGUUGAGGCUAGUGAGACAUAUGUCAUUUUAGACAAUGACUAACUGGCAAUUGAGCCAUUAUGUUAAACUGAGAAGUAUAACUAUGGUUGUUCACUGUAUAAACAAACCCUAUGAAUUUUAUCUGAAUUGCAAAGAUUAUGGAUUGGCAACAAAACACUAAAUUUUCCAUAUUUUGCUGAUAGCUAUGAACAUUGGAUAAUUAUUGAUAUUUUAAUUGUAGUAACAGCGAUUUCGCAGCAGUAACGAUGAAAAGUGUAUUGGUGUCAGUGAUGGGCAAUUCCUUAUAAUAAUUGGGAUUGAAACUGCAAUUUCUUUCCCCAAGAAUCUAUGUGAAAAACAAUGGUGUGAAAAUGCGGUAGUGUAUGACUUGAAGUAUAUAUAUUGUGCAGGAGACUGUAUCCCAAUCAGUGAGACAGAUCAAAAUUGAGUUUGAGAGUACAGGAUUUCUAGUAGUAGGAGAAGGCCAUUGUUUAUUGAACCUCUCUAUACUGCCUGCCCCACAUAGUCUUUCCUGAUUUUUGCUCCAUGAUUAAUGUAGCCCUCUGGGUGAAUCAGGUCUGCAUGUUGUUUCUUCUGACUACUUUUAUUUGUAUUUGUCUUUCAUAUUCCUUUAUCACAGUGAAGUAUUUGAACCAGCUUGGGGAUUCAGUUUUUAAUCUUGAAAAAUCUGCUUGGAUCACUUAAACUCUCCUUUUAGCCAAAGAAAAUUAUAUUGGCUUCCUUAGCUUUUUCCUGUAGCCUAAUUUCUUUCACUCAGGAUCUUUGCUUGUAUGUCUACUUUCUUGGCAAUAAUAUCCUUCAUAUGAUAAUUCAGCUAAACGGCAUGCACUCUUGCAGUUUGGCUCUGAUCGUCAUUUUGUGAUGGAAAAAUGUGGUUGAAACCCCUUAAAGGAUUGGGUCUGAAAUUCAACUUGAGGUAUUUGUUUUUCUAUGCAUUUUCAAGUUUCAGCCUUUUCAGAUGAGGAAACACACAGAAUGCUUAUGUAGGUGCUAAAGACUUUUAAGUUUUAAAGUUGUGUUCUUUUAAAUUGAAUAAUGCCAACAUAAAAUCUUACUGCAGUUCAAGGAGAGAGAAGCUGCAAAUUAAUUACUUGAAUAACUUCUGGUUUUAGAGUUCAAAUAAGUCAUGAUGUGCCAUCCUUAAUGAAGACCAGGCCAUAAAUAAUAUCUGAGAACUGAAUGAUAGCAGUAGGAUAUCUAUGUUUUUAAAUGAUCAUUUAGUUGUUAUGGAACACAUUAAGUUGAGUUCUUACUGAAUAACUAGUAACCGAUGUAACUGAAUUCUGAUUUAUCAGAAAGUAAUGAAUACUACUUUCUCCCUUUUUAAAGGAGAGGAAAAGCAAUAUUGUUGGUCUUAACUGGGGGUGAAGUAUGAAAAUAGUCUUUCACCCUCCUUGAUCUCUUUAACUUAGUUACAUGUUCCUCCUCUGGCAUUCUUGAUUCUGACUUGAUUUACACACUACAUUAUAAAAAUAUCAUUGCAUAACAAUUGUUUCGGUAAAAAGAGAUAACUUUACAACUUUGGACCUUCAGUUUACCUGUAUGGUUGAGUCUGUCUUUUUAACUCGGACAAAUAAUAGGCUGCUAACAUUACGUUAAUGUUUGCCUGCCUUUAAUUUGCAAUUAUGUUUUAAAACAAGGCAUAUUAAUGUUUUCUUUCCCUCUCCAUCCUUAGUUACAUAAACAGGGUCAGUAAUGCUGCAGAUCCAAAUGUGAAAAGUGGAAUUGCUGGAGAUGGAAAAUAAAAUUAUUUGAAUCUAAAUAGAGCAGUUUUUGUUUGUGACCCACUUCAAAUUAAAAAAGUUUAAUACAGUAUGUUGCUAGAUGAGUAUCAAGUAACUUGACAACUUCUUGAAUUAUACCUAAAUGAUUUGUUACGAUCUUACUGUUCAGCAAUCAUGAUCCAGUUAACUAGAGUUCAGCUCUCAGAAUUUUGGGAUGUCACAUCAAUCUAAGCAUUUUGAAGGAUGGACACAGUUAAAGCUUCAAAAAUAACGCCGCCUUAAAAACUAGAAAUUUUCUUGAUUCUUUUUCCUCCUUUGAACAAACACAGCACAAUUAAAGCAACUAUCCAUGAUUUUCACUCCUCCGUAGCAAAUGACAGUGUUGUGGUGCAAGAGGUCAGCAUAAUAAAGAAAAACAUACUUGCUUUUAUUAAUUUUUGGAACUGUUGAGCUACAGAUGUAUUAAUAAUUUAUUUCCUGAUUUUGACAAUGAUGCCCAUGGUGUCAUCAUCUCAAAAUAAGAUAUUACUUCUGGAUUUGAGAUUGAUUUCAGAGAACUGAGCUUCCUAUAUAGAAAAGUGAAAACUGUUUUAUAAUGAUUGUCUAAGACCCCUGAAACUGAAAUCAUGAGUCCAAAAUCAGCAGACUUAUGGAAAAGAGAGCACCGGUUGAAGUGGAAACAAUGGCACACAUCUAAUGAGAAUAAUAUCUCUGGUAAAGUGGAUUUUUUCAAUCCAUCCCCUCAGCUAGUUUUCAGAGAACAUCCACUUGACUGAAUUGUUUUGUCAGUGUUUCCUCUUCAUCUUUUUCCAUGUAGAUUUUUUUCUGUCCUAAUUUGUAGAUACUGGUAUGUUGUUCCACAGUCUCCAGUUGCAUCUAAAGAUUUUUGAGGAGCCUCAAAGCUGAGCCUGAUAUUGCUCUCACCAGGCAUCCACAUAUGUCCUUUUCAGUUGGUGAUGUUGGAAGUGAUCAGAAACAGGAGUGAUGGCCAAUUGUAUCUUCCAUGGUUGUCCUGGCUGAGAUCAAGUAAUUCAGCAUAAAUCCAGCUUCGGAGUCCCCUGAUUAAUACAACUAAACUCAGGGCUAUAUCAGAUGCAAUAUUUCCUCAUUAGGCUGUGAAAGGUGCUAGUUGCUCUGUACUGUGCUUUUGAAUUUAUUAGAGACACUUUGGGGCAAUGAUGUGAAUGAGAUCUUUAACAUUAAAUUCUGCCUACAGAUAGGAGGGCUGGUGCAAUGUAUUUGGUGUAAUGGGAAUCUGUGUGGAUUUCACCAUACGGAUUAAGGUCGCAAGUUCGAUCUGGACUUGUUGAAUUUUUUCUUUGAAAGAAGUAUAUUUUAGUCCCAUUCGUCUGACUUUUCUUUAUACUCCUUCAACUAUUAAUUCUCUGUUUCCACUGGUGUUUCUGAUAUUUGGUCUAUUUGUAUUAGCCCUUACAUUAACACCAUCAUGAUUUUAUAGGAAAAGUUUAACACACACUUUUCUGCUUCCUGUCUAUCUGUCUACAAUUCUAAUUCCAAAUAACGGUUAACAGGCUUAAGUAUAUUCAUGUGUCACCUUAUUCCUGUUGGAAUUCUUCAGAAUAUAUUUACCUUUUAAUACUGGCAGCAGUCUUGUGAAAAAUUAACAUGACAAAAGAUAAUUUUGGAAUUGAAUUCAGUAAUCCUUUAUGCAGUCUGGUAUUUGUACUAUUACAGGGUGGUACUGAUGCACUUUUCCAUGUUUGUAAACAAAGUACAUUGAGAAUUGUGGAUGUUGCAGUGAAUUUUUAGCUUGGAUUUAAUAAAUCUAAGUACAAAAACUGCAAUGUAAAUCUGAGACCCCUUUGUGGUUGGGUCUUUGUAAAAUGCUAUUUUGAACCGUUCCUUUUACAGCUUAACAUUUUUAAGUAGUGCAGUCUCCAAUCAUCCCUAACAGUUUGUCUCCCUUGCCGUGUAAUCAUGGUGGUUUUACUUGAUUCUGAGGACAUUUUAAUAUUCUUAACACUGUUAGGUUUCCACCCAAUAACUUCCUGUUAUUUCUUGAUUUUUUUUCUCUUAAAAUAUAUUGGAUCUAUUACUAGAAUAUUAUUGUGAUCCUGUUAAUAAGCACCUAUUAAUAAUCGCACCAAUCAGUAAAUUUAAAGUUGCUUUUUGAACUCCAUAGUGCACUGUUAUUGGUACAGAAGUGAAUUACCAGUCUUUAAUCUACUUUCUUUUCCUUAAAAAAGCUGAAUUACUUAAUGAGUUAGCAUGAUAUAUUAGUACACAGAGUUUCUUAUUUUUCACCAUGUUUUGGUGCACAUUUGUAUGGGCUAAGUUUAAAAACAGAUAAUUUUGAGAAGUAAAUUUCUAGUAAUUGUUGAAGCUCAUGUCACAAUAAUUCAGGCCAGAGAUGGUAAGGUAGGAUUUUCUGCUCCAAAGAUGGGCUUCAAUCCAUCAUCCUCAACUUUAGAUUUUAGUAACCAUUACUACCAAAGAUAUGUGACGACAAAAUGCAUUUAAAAUAUUAUGGUUACUGCAGUGUGUAUGGGACAAUUAUUCUGAAAUUCAAAUUGAGUGAUGCUGGAUUAUCAUUUGGAAAAACCUUCCAGUUCCUUCAGAGUUUAUUAAAGCAGUUUUAUUCUUUGAAGAGCAAUGACAGGACAUAUUUAAAGUGGUUGUGACUUAAAUAUUUAAUUGUAUGAAUUAGAUCAAACAAAUUAGUGUAUUGUGAUUUUAUUCUAUGAUGAAAACUUGUUUAUUACGCAUUAGGAUAUUGUCUUCACCUGUAAUUUUAUAUUUGAUGUUGAUAAAUGCUUUAAUUUAAAUUGGCGUGCACCAAAAUAACUGAUUGAAUUGAACCUCUUCUGUGUGGAAUGUGACAAUUGUGAAAUAUUUGAGACUAAGCAACAUUUAGGAGCAUCAUACCACCAAGAAUUGGGACCUGUGAGGAUUUGCCCACCACUGAUUUCAGUGGAAAAUAGCAUUCUGUUGUUUUAAGGCAGUUGUGUCUAAUACAUAGACAAAGUUUAUAUUGUAUAUUGUGAUCAGCAAGUCUGACAGUUUGUAACACUGCAGUUAUGUUAAUUAUCCAUGAGACAAAAUUAAUUGCAAGCUGUGCUUUGGAAAAGUAAUUUUUGCAAACCUUUAAACAUAGUAAAUUUUAGUUCCACACUUG